AAGUAUCAUGUGUUCAUAUCUCAAUUUACUUUGCAGGAACACCAGUGGAACAUUCUCAAGCAUGGGUCCAUCCACCCCAACCUGGAGCACUGACAACACAACAAUGAAUGGAAGUUACUACACUGUAAUCUUAGACUGUGUCACCGUGUACAAAAUCUUCAGUAUUCUUUCUGUCAUCAUUUGCAUGGUUGGCCUGGCAGGAAAUGCCAUAGUUCUGUGGCUUCUGGGCUUCCAUGUGCACAGGAAUGCCUUCUCAGUCUAUGUCCUCAACCUUGCUGGGGCUGACUUUCUCUACUUGUGCUCUCAGACUGUGUUUUCCCUGGAAAAAAUCCUUUUUCUGUUUCAUACCAGCUGGUUUUAUGUUCCAUUCUAUUUUACCAGAGUAUUAUUCUUUGCUUACCUUGCAGGGUUGUGUAUGAUUGCAGCCAUUAGUAUUGAGCGAUGCCUGUCUGUUUUGUGUCCCAUCUGGUAUCACUGCCGGAGACCAAGAUACACGUCACCUGUCCUGUGUGCCCUUCUCUGGGCCUUCUCUCUACUGUUAAGCCUCCUGUUAGGGUUGGGUUGCAGUUCACUGGUUAGUUACUAUGUAUAUACUUUCUGCAACACUGCUGUUUUUACCACUGUUGUACUUAUACUGGUACUAUCUGUGGUUACUUGUGGAUUCAACCUGAUCCUGUUGGUCAGGAUCUUCUGUGGCUCACAGAGGAUUCCUGUGACCAGGUUGUAUGUGACCAUUGCACUCACAGUGCUGGUCUUCUUAAUCUUUGGUCUGCCCUUUGGUAUCUAUUGGGUAAUUCUCUUUUCAAGUGAGACAUCGCCUAGAGUUUUCUCUUGCAAGAUUUAUGAAAUGACAGCUUUCCUGUCCUGUGUUAACAGCUGUGCCAACCCCAUCAUUUACUUCUUUGUUGGCUCCAUUAGGCAUCACAGGCUCCAGAGGCAGACUCUGAAGAUGCUUCUGCAAAGAGCCAUUCAGGACACUCCUGAGGAAGAAGAUGGAGAGAGGACUUCAUCAGGAAAUCCUAGACAGCAGGAAACAUCCUUGUGUAGUAGUUGA